CGCUGUCAAUGUCGCUGUAAAUCCUUCUCCAAUAAUAUGGGUGCAAAGUUAACAUUUUGAUUCUUCUUUUUAUUCUAUAGCUAGAAGACAUGCUUGCCAAAGACUACAGGUAUGAGGUAUGUUGUGUCCAUGCUCUUUCAAAAGACAGCUAAGUGGAGAGCACCGUGUGAAUGUACCUACUUGCACACACCUGUGCUUUCAAGGCUCUAUGACACUCAGCUUUACAAGCAGUGAAAUGAGCUUAGAUUCUCUAUGGAAUGAGGCGAUAUUCAAGCCUGAGGCUGGGCCAACGGCAAUAGUUUUCAGCCACACAAGACACAUCUCUCGCAGAGCACAGGCUGAGAUCUUGCACAACUCGAGUGGCAAUACGUAGGACAAGUACCUGAAAGCCAUCCUCAGCCAAAGUCGAACAACAGCAUGUUCAACCGCCUUCUUGUCAGAGCAACGGCAACAGAUGAAAGCACAUGUUCAAAAGACUUACAAGGCCAGGCGCACGGAUCAUAAGUAACAUGUGGGGCAAUUAGGUAGAUGCCGGUUCCCGUCAGGAAGGACCUACCUCGGGGGAGAGGGCCUGAUCUGACUCCCAUGCCGCAUUGCAACCUACUGUGGGCAGACAUCACUGUCUUUGAAAGAGAGCUCAUGCAACUGCACCAUGGCCGCCGGAGCAACUUGUGCGUGGGCUUUUAGAAAUAACACCUUCUCUCGUUGAAACCUGCUCCAUGUUGUAGCACCUCCUCCUCUCCACUUUCGCGCCCAAUGUAAGACAUCUUCAUACUGAACGGCUUUGUGAACCAAUUCCGAUCUCGGCCGCCACCUUUUCCUUCACAUUGCAUGGCACCGACGGUAUGCGGCGCCUUCAACAUGUCACGGCCGCCGUCCGGUUGAGUAGUAGAGCGGGGGAACUGAGAACCUUGGGCGCGGCGACGGCGGCGGCACUCAUUCAGCUGCCAAAUCGGCGACACAGUCAUAGCAGCAGCCAAAGUCAUGCCCAUAGUCCAAAGUGGCGUCCGGUGUCAGUGUUGGAUGAAUGGGUUGCAAAAGAGGCCAGGCCCAUCAGCCUGCGCCAGCUCAUGGUGUUUGGCCGGUCGUUGACAGAAUCAAGACUCAUCAGCUCAGCCAACUAUGUUCGGACCGAGCUACCAACACGAAUCGCCCACCGUAUCCGGGACAUGCAGAAGCUCCCCUACGUUGUAGUCACCAACAAGCACUUCAACGAAGUAUACGACCUAUACUACACAGCCUUUGACACCUUCCGCAAAGUCCGCGAGGUCAAAAACUUGGACGACAAUGACCGUCUUUGUGCCACCAUCCGAACCAUGCUCAACGCCCACCUAACCGUUAUCCCCAAACUCGCCAUGGGUAUCCUCGAGUGCAACGGCCUCAAAGACGCGGCCGAGCUCGACAAGUUCAUGAACACCAUCCUCCGCUCCCGCAUCUCCCGAAGAGUAAUAGCAGAACAACACCUAGCCCUAACCGAAACUUUUCACGCCCCUUGGUUCUCCCCGGGGGCAAAACUCUCCGAAUCCGACUUCAUAGGCGAGGUCUUUUUGAGAUGCGUAGCCAAAGACGUCGUCUCCCGCUGCGGUGACGCCGUCACCUCCAUCGCCCGCCGCGCCUACGGCCCUGACAUCGCCCUCCCCGAAAUCAAAAUCGUCGGCCAUCUCGAGGCGAACUUUCCGUACAUCCUCUCCCACCUCGAGUACAUCAUCGGGGAGCUCCUCCGGAAUUCUGUCCAGGCCGUGGUGGAAAAACAUCAGAAAUCAAAGAACAAAUCGGCACAGCCUCCCCCGAUAGAGGUCACAAUCUGCGAAUCAAACCAACACGUCAUCAUCCGGAUUUCUGACCAAGGAGGGGGGAUACCAAGGGAGAGCAUGCCCUACCUCUGGUCCUUCUCCAAGGGUCCGGCAUCAAAAGAAAUCCUUGCCAACCUGGGGCAAGUCCCCAAGAUGGCGGCCACGAUGCAGGAGCUCCAGAUUGACGACAUUAACCCGGAAAGCAACAAGAAGAUUGAGACUUUGCAUCAGAAGUACGGGCAUCAGAGUGUGCAGUCUUUAUCAGCGGAGGAGAAGGAAAGGGAGGACAGGGCCAAGUAUAGUUCCUUGGCCAGUCUGUCGUCGAGGCCCCCGAAUUUGAGGUUGGGGAUGGGCUUGCCGCUGAGCAGGGUGUAUGCAGAGUAUUGGGCCGGCUCGCUGGCGCUGCACAGCCUGGAGGGGUACGGGGUGGAUGCGUUUUUGCAGAUUAGCAAGCUGGGGAACAAGAAUGAGCAGCUGACUACGAGGGCGACGAUGGAUGCUGUUUAGUGGGUAUCAGUCGGUCUUCCCUGUCUCGAGCAAUAUAAAGCGUUUUUGAACACCACCAACGACAAAAAAAGCUGGGGCCGGUAAUGAAGAAAGGGUUGUUGAGGCCUCUUGUUUACCGGGUAUUUUGGUUGGGGAAUUAUGUAUACACAAGACACCAAGUUGCUAAUGAAAUCAAUAAAGGUUGGAUUUUAUCCUGGGCUUUUUAUUAACCAAGAGGCAGGUUGGAUUGAUAUGCUGAGAUACUUUUCAACUGACAGAGCUUGUCUACUCACGCUUGUCGCCAGCAAUGCAAUUACAAGUGCCGCCGCAUCUUCAAACAAAAACUCCCACGCAAUGUGUAACAGCCUUUCUCAUUAUUUGGUAUCAUGAAAGGGGGAGGGGGAAGGGGUGACUAGACAGACGACUAAAAGACGACUAAAU